AACACACGCAAGUUCCUGGAGCUGCGUUUCUGGGGCUGGUGGAAGCUAUACAACAAGGUCAAGCGCUCCUGAAUGUGGCUCGGCAAGAGGAGGAGAUGAAGCCAAGGAGGAGGAGCUGAGGAACGCCAUGUGCAAGACACAGGAGCUGAUAAGCAGGGUAAAGGAGCUGGAGGAGAAGGAUGGCCACGCUCAGCCAGGAGAAGAUGACCUCACCAUCCAGCUACAGGCCGAGCAAGAGAACCUGAUAGAUGCCGAGGAGCGCCUGACCCAGAUGAUGAAGACGAAAAUGGAGCUGGAGAGCCAGAUCUCGGACAUGCGGGAGCGGCUGGAGGAGGAGGAGGGCACGGCGGCCUCCCUGAGCGCCACGAAGCGCAAGCUGGAGAGCGAGAUGAGUGACCUGAAGCGGGACCUGGAGGGUCUGGAGACCACACUGGCCAAGAUGGAGAAGGAGAAGCAGGCCCUGGAUCACAAGGUCCGCACCCUAACCGGGGACCUCUCGCUCCGUGAAGACUCCAUCGCCAAGCUCCAGAAGGAGAAGAGGGCCCUGGAGGAGCUGCACCAGAAAACCCUCGACGACCUGCAAGCUGAGGAGGAGGUGAACCACCUGACCAAGACCAACAGCAAGCUCAGCACCCAGAUCCAUGAGCUGGAGGAUAACUGGGAACAAGAAAAGAAAAUCCGGGCGGAGGUGGAGAAGGCCCGUCGGAAGGCUGAGAGUGACCUGAAGAUAACCAUUGACAACCUCAACGAGAUGGAGCGGUCCAAGCUGGACCUCGAGGAAGUGGUGAAAAAGAGGGAUAUGGAAAUCAAUUCUGUCAACUCCAAGUAUGAGGAUGAGCAGUCUCUGAAUUCCACACUCCAGCGGAAACUGAAGGAGCAUCAGGCCCGAAUUGAGGAGCUGGAGGAAGAACUGGAAGCUGAGAGGGCAAUGAGAGCCAAGGUGGAGAAACAACGCAGCGACCUGUCCCGGGAUCUUGAAGACCUCAGUGACAGGCUGGAAGAGGCUGGGGGAGCCACGUCUGCUCAGAUUGAGCAGAACCGCAAGCGGGAGGCAGAGCUGCUAAAGCUGAGGCGGGAGCUGGAGGAGGCAGCCCUGCAGAGUGAGGCAGCGGCCUCCACACUGCGCAAGAAGCACACGGACUCCAUGGCUGAGCUGACGGAGCACGUGGAGAACCUGCAGAGGGUCAAGGCCAAGCUGGAGAAGGACAAGCAAGUCAUGAAGGCUGAGAUCGACGACCUCAACGCCAGCAUGGAGACGGUGCAGAAGUCCAAGAUGAAUGCCGAGGCCCACAUCCGAAAGCUGGAAGACAGUUUAGCAGAAGCCAACGCCAAGGUGGCUGAGCUGGAGCGAAACCAGGCAGAAAUCAAUGCCAUCAGGACCCGCCUGCAAGCUGAAAAUGGUGAACUGAGCCGGGAGUAUGAAGAAUCACAGAGCCGGCUCAAUCAAAUCCUGCGGAUAAAGACAUCACUGACGUCGCAGGUGGACGAUUACAAGAGGCAGCUGGAUGAAGAAUCCAAGUCUCGCAGCACGGCCAUGGUGAGUCUUGCCAACACGAAGCAUGACCUGGACCUGGUGAAGGAGCAGCUGGAGGAGGAGCAGGGAGGCAAGUCAGAGCUGCAGCGCCUCGUGUCCAAGCUCAACACUGAGGUGACCACCUGGAGGACCAAGUAUGAGACGGAUGCCAUCCAGAGGACCGAGGAGCUGGAGGAGACCAAGAGGAAACUGGCCGCCAGACUCCAGGAAGCAGAAGAGACAGCCGAAGCCGCCCAGGCCAGGGCUGCCUCCCUUGAGAAAAAUAAACAGCGACUCCAGGCAGAAAUCGAGGACCUCACCAUCGACUUGGAGAAGGCCAAUGCUGCGGCUGCUGCCCUGGACAAGAAGCAGCGGGUCUUUGACAAGAUGCUGGCCGAGUGGCAGCAGAAGUGCGAAGAGCUGCAGGUGGAGGUGGACAGUGCGCAGAAGGAGUGCCGCAUGUACAUGACCGAGAGCUUCAAGAUCAAGACCGCCUAUGAGGAGUCCCUGGAGCACCUUGAGUCGGUGAAGAAGGAGAACAAGACUCUGCAGGAGGAGAUAAAGGAACUGAUUGAUCAGCUGGGUGAGGGAGGACGGAGUGUGCAUGAGCUGCAGAAGUUGAAGAAAAAAUUGGAGAUUGAGAAAGAAGAACUCCAGGUGGCCCUGGAGGAAGCGGAAUCUUCCCUGGAGGUUGAAGAGAGCAAGGUGAUUCGAAUUCAGCUGGAACUGGCUCAGGUUAAAGCUGACAUCGACCGGAGAAUCCACGAGAAAGAAGAGGAAUUUGAAGCUACGAGGAAGAACCACCAGCGGGCAAUCGAGUCCUUGCAGGCCAGCCUGGAGGCAGAGGCCAAGGGCCGGGCAGAGGCACUUCGGCUCAAGAAGAAGAUGGAGACGGACCUGAAUGAGAUGGAAAUCCAGCUGGACCACGCCAACAAGAACAACAGCGAACUUGUAAAGACCCUGAAAAGGCUGCAACAGCAAAUCAAGGACCUGCAGAUGCAGAUGGACGAGGAUGCCCGGCAGCACGAGGAGCUGCGGGAGCAGUACAACCUGCAGGAGCGGCGCCUGAGCCUGCUGCAGACGGAGCUGGAGGAGGUGCGCGCGGGCCUGGAGGGCAGCGAGCGCUCCCGCAAGCUGCUGGAGCAGGAGGUGGUAGAGAUCACCGAGCGGCACAACGAGGUCAACAUCCAGAACCAAAGCCUCCUCGUGGUCAAGCGCAAGCUGGAGUCGGAUGUCCAGCGCAUCUCCAACGAGCACGAGGAGCUCAUCAGUGAGUUCCGCUCUGCCGACGAGAGGGCCAAGAAAGCCAUGACUGAUGCUGCCCGCAUGGCGGAGGAGCUCCGGCAAGAGCAGGACCACUGCAUGCACCUGGAGAAAAUCAAGAAGAACUACGAGAUCACCAUCAAAGACUUGCAGGCCAAGAUGGAGGAGGCUGAGCAGCUGGCUCUGAAGGGAGGGAAGCGCACGAUCAUGAAACUGGAAGCCAGGAUCAAGGAACUAGAGACAGAGCUGGACGGUGAGCAGAAACAGCACGUGGAAACAGUGAAGACGCUGCGGAAGAAUGAGCGCCGCCUCAAAGAGCUGGUCUUCCAGACGGAGGAGGACCACAAGACCAACCAGCGCAUGCAGGAGCUGGUGGAGAAGCUGCAGAACAAGCUGAAGAUCUACAAGCGGCAGAUUGAAGAGGCGGAGGAGCAGGCCAACCAGACCUUGGCUCGCUACAGAAAGACGGUGCAUGAGCUGGACGACGCUGAGGAGCGGGCUGGCAUGGCAGAGACCGCCCUGAACAAGCUGCGCACCAGACACCGCGUGGCCGGCAAGGGCAUCACCUCUGUGGAGAUCAUCCAGGUGUCCAAGACAGGCUCCUCCAAAACCCUCUCUGAGGAGUGAGAUUCUCCAUGUUCCAGCCCACGGCCGGGUGAUACAGAUCUCAACAGCAGACCACCGAGAGGGAAAAUAUAUGAAAACAGGAAACUGGAUAUCCUGAGAAUGUUUACUAUGCAAAGGAAAGUAUAAGCCAGAAAGAGGUGCUACAGAAUAAAGAUAGCUGUGGGGGGAAAGGGUUUGGGGAUGUAAAUACCCAGGCAUCAGAGGAACUAAAAUUAGUGUGGCUUCUCUGAGACUGUAUCAAGAUGUGCAAGCACUUGGAUAACAGUAACAGUGGGUCUGUUUUAGUUGAGAUCCUACAUGUUCAUGUCAAAGACGGAAUAUGUAACUGUCUGUGUGACCUGGCUGUUUCUUGAAAUAAUUCCUCAUGUGGACAAUUGUAAUGCCCUGUCCCAAUGCAGUUUAAAUAAAAGAAACAUGAAAAAUAGACUAG